UAACUUUCUUGUUUGCAGGUUUCAAUAGAAAAAAAAAACCAAUUACAUGCAUAAUAGGUAUUUUGUAUAUGAUGAAUAUGGACUUGCUUUAGUUUAGCCACAAUUGACGUGCAGAAUAUUAAUAUGAAUAAUAUAAUACCCAAUACAUACCAACUUAAAUGUUGGUUAAAUGUUUCAAAUAUCUAUAUCUUAACAGUUUAAGUUAGCAAAAAUCACGAACGGACAAGAUAGAAAUUGGAGAAUGAAAAGUGCCUACAGGAUUGUUGUGUGCACUCUCCUGCUGGAAGUGCACUAUUACCUAAUUACUGGGAAAAUCUUACGAUUAUCAUGUGGAUUUUAUUCCGACCUCUCCUUGUUUUAUAAAGAUUCUCGCUUAACGGUUGGAAUCCUUGACACUUACCAGGUAGAAGAUGAUCUUAGUUGCGUGAAGAAGUGCAUUUUGAAUGGUGCUUGUCAAUCGAUUAAUUACAAUGAUUACGCAAAGACAUGCGAAUUGUUGAAAAAUACGACUGCUGAGGAUAACCUUGAAGCUACUUAUGCUACUAAUUGGACCCAUUAUGAAACUGAUCCUAAUAAUCAAGAGGUUGGAGAUGUUUGUUCCAGCACGUCGCCUUGCAAAGGGCAUUAUUGUGAGGACAUUUGUGAACCACCUGGAUUCAAUUGUACAUGCAGAAAUGAAACACAUGGGGAACGAUGUGAUAAACUGCAACAUCCUGCAAAGUCGUGCAAGUGGAUAAAUGAAAAUCAUCCCACUUUGAAAAAUGGCUACUACUGGGUGCAACUGCAACAACCAACGUUAGUGUAUUGCGACAUGGAAACACUGGGAGGAGGAUGGACAGAAUUUGGCAACGUCGUGCAGAAAGGCUCAAUUCCAGAUCAAAAUCUUACAAACGUGAUCAAUUCAGAUAACAUCUCAUUACUCAAUGAUGUUUCAACGGGCAGGUUUCUCUUGACUGUGUCUGGUUUGGGUGCAUUACGAAAAUUUAUUAAUUUCACCCAACUUCGUUUCUACUGUCACAAACCUUGGCAUAACAGAACGAUACAUAUUGCAACAACAAAUGACUUCAACGGUAAAAAGGUGGUUGACUACUUUUCUGGCGUAACUGAAACUCUUCCUCCAUCAUGUCACUCCUAUGAAAUACUUCCCGACGAUACGUCUUAUAUUGCAUCACAAUGUAUGAAUUGGGCAUUACAACAGUGGUCAACUUCGCAUAAAGACAACAAUAAACUGAACAAUCACUUUAUAUGGAUCAGGAAUCACCAUCAUGUAAAUUUGUACGACGAAAGACUCGAAUGUGACGAUUAUUAUAAAAGAGAUAAAGCACAGUAUAAUUCUUCAGGAGAAUGGCGGUUUUUUGUGCGAUAAAAAAGUGCCAUUUAAAUUUUCCCUUAUAAUGAACGUAAAUACACGAUAUUGAAAAAAGAAAAACACAAAAAAACACAAAAAUCACAAGACACGCGCACGUACCAUUUCAACAUUUUAAAACAUCCUUUUUUAUUAACCGCAGAUGUACACCAGGUCUAUCUCACAUGUUUACACUGUAUCCACUCGGAUGAAUACCGGGUAAUACGUAACUUGAGGUUUCGGAAAAAAUGCUCUUAUUUGCACUUUAAGGAGGCUUUUAUUAAACGCAAUAAUAUGAUUAGACUUGAUGUUUAUCUUUAUAUCUAAAAUUAAGUUAAGCUAAAAAUGGUGACGUUUUCAAAGGUUUCUAAAAUUCUUUAUUAAUUUUGUAGAAGAUAUAAGCCUAUCUGAUUUUUAACGUCAAACUUAUAGAAACAGUUUGACAACUUAUUCAAUACAUGUGCUAGAAAUUUACGCACCUUCACCAUUUGUUUCUAAGUAGUGGAUUUAUCAAUUGACAAUGGGUAAUAAAAUUUAAAACUAAAAGAUCUACCAUCUUAAGUAAGCACACUUUGACCAACAAAAAACAUUUUUUAGAAAUAAAUAAACGAUUAUCGCGCGCAAAUUUUUCUGAACUCUAAUUCGAUUUUGAAAGAUUUCCAGGAAGGAAGGGCUUUUUUUAGCAGGAAACUUCAUGUGAGAAAAGAUGGUAUUUGUUAAGAUAAUAUUUAUAGUAAACUGUCCUCCUUUUUUAAAAAAAUGUUUUACUAAUUUUUGGUAAGGGCAUCCACCUGUAAAUAUAAGAUGUAGAAAGAAGCCAACAGUUUUUAUUAUAUUUAAUACAACAAAA